AUGUCUCGCAAAGGUGUCGGUCUCGCAGCUUUCGACAGGUCUCGGAUCACGUCUGCUCAAUACGCGUCUCAUGGAAAUAAUCUACGAAGUUCUCACUCCACAUCUCUAGCUACUCAGUUGUCGGUCUUCCGUUCUUUACUUCAGCAAUUUGCUCAAACUCAUGCCAAAGAUAUACGCUCGAAUCCCACUUUCCGCGCCGAGUUUGCGCGUAUGUGCUCAGCUAUUGGAGUUGACCCUUUAGCAAGUAGUAAUAAUGCUGGAGGUAAAGAUGGGAGUGGUAGUUUUUGGGCUCAAAUGCUUGGUACAAGUGUGAAUGAUUUCUAUUUCGAGUUGGCAGUAAGAGUUGUGGAAGUCUGUGGUGCUACAAGAGAAGAAAAUGGUGGGCUUAUCGGCGUGAAAGAGGUUAAAGAUAAAAUCAUGAGCAGAAGAAUGGAAGGUGGGGCUGAAAUAACUGAUGAUGAUAUCCUUCGUGCCGUGACUACCCUCAAACCCCUUGGUUCUUCAUAUUCCACCAUAACCGUUGGCCACAAAACAUAUAUCCGCUCGAUACCCAAAGAACUUAACACAGAUCAGAGUGCUGUUCUGGAAGCCGCGCAAGUACUAGGAUAUGUUAGCGUCUCGAUGCUCAUGUUGAAUCUUCGCUGGCCAAGGGCAAGAGCUAAGACAGCCAUCGAAGAUGUCGUUUCAGAGAGUAUGUUGUGGGUCGAUAAGCAAAGUGAAGAGUGGGAGUAUUGGAGCCCCAAUUUCAUGCUAGAAGUGGAUGAGGGUGGAAAUACUGGAUGA